CUGUUUCACCGAUUCGUUGGUUAACAGUAGAAAUGGACGUGAAUUGCAUGUUCCUGUUUAAAGUGUGAAAAUUUGAAUAAAAUGGUCUUAUUCAUGGAAACCAGAUUAAAUAAAUAACUAAACGCAUGAAAUACGAAUAGAGGGCGUAUCGCGUUUGACGUUUGUGAAACUGAGAUAGCACUGGAAAGCACCGAUUGUUUACAAUUUUGAGAGAUUUGUAAAUCUCGACGGGCACGUAACUUGCGAUGAACGCUGACAUGGAAAGUGACGGCGAGUUUAGCGAAUCUAGCGAUAAUCAAGUUAUAGAAUACAGAGAUAGAGAAGAGGUAAAUGACGCAGAAGAUGAGAACAUGGAAGAAGACGAACCCGAAGAAAUGGUGGUAUCUAAUGAAUGUAUUUUUGACUUAACGUUACCGGCAAUGCAUUCUUAUUUAGGACAAAAUUUGGAAGAGCUUAGAGGGAGGACGCUGUUAGACGACGGAAUUUAUAUGAAUCUACCGUUGUUAAAGAAACAGUCGGUUAUAUUAUUUCCUGGACAAACGUUACCUAUGAUAGGAUACAAUCCACUGAUCAAGGAAAUGUUAAUGACGUGCAUCCGUAAUAAUCGUACACUAGGCGUCGUUUGUUUAGGGAAUGAUAAAAUAGUGUCGGUAGGCACCACCGCCGAGAUUUACGCGUGCACGUUCGAAGAUCGUGUACACGGUUUUCGUUUCAAAGCGAUAGGUAGACAACGGUUCAAGAUUUUGCAAGUUAUAAUACAGGGUUAUAAAGUAUCAGCCAAUGUUAAAGUUUUACCAGAGAUAACGCUUGGACCUCCGUUUGGGGAUGAACGUUUGUCCUCGUUAGAUAAUUUACGAAUACAUCCGACCACCGAGGAAGAUUUUAAAAAACAGGAAAGGGUAGAGAAUCUAGAUGCUAUUGUAACUCCUUGGCCUGCUUGGGUGUACAGGCAAUAUGAUCCUUUGAGACUUUCUUUAAAAAUACGACAACACCUGCAAUUUAUUGAAAAUAGGGGAAGUAGCAUACCGAAAGAUCCUACAGAUUUGUCAUUCUGGGUAGCCCAAAAUUUGUUCCUGGAUGAGUACGAAAGAAUUGUAUUAUUAAAUUACGAUUGCGCGAUUUCGAGGCUGCAGAAGGAAAUUAAAUAUCUGGAAGAUGACAAAAUAUUUGUUUGCUGCGAAUGCAAUUCUUAUAUCGGAAAGCAGUCACACAUGUUCCCAAUGAGCAAAGAAGGCCCACAGGGUACUUAUUGCAAUCGAGCUGGUAUUAUACACGACACUGUGACUUUGUAUCACGCGCAGGGCCUGCAAUUAAAUCACGGUGCACCUUCGACAGAAUAUACGUGGUUCCCAGGAUACGCUUGGACAAUAGCCACGUGUAAAUGUUGCGGUACCCAUAUGGGAUGGAAAUUUACAGCAGUGGAAAGCCACUUGAAACCAAAGUCAUUUUGGGGCUUGACUCGUGGAAGUUUAAAAAGCAAAAAGAAGUGAACGAACGAAAUGUUCAAACAUACAUUAUACGGAACCGCGAGUUAAAUUUUACGCCAUCGUUGUUGCUAAUUAGUUCAAUAAACCCACGUGUAUAUUCCCGGAAUAGUUUCUUAGCGUUCUGUCGCUAAAUACAAUCAUUUGGUUGCCCAGUUUCUUCGAGCUUUCAGUAAAAGUAAAAUCUGUUUCUUCGACAAUGAAGAUGUGUAUGAAACAUAACAAUAAGUAUUUAUUGGGGGACUUCCAAACGACUGAAGUACGGUAAACAAAUUUCAUAAGAUUUAAUGUUGGUGGUCUGUAUAAAAGAGCAAUGACUUUUAAACGUCCUGAUUUUUCAUCUAUG